CCUCUCCAACUCGCCCCCAUCACCCCAACCAUGCCGCACUUAUGCACUUAUGCUCCUGUGCUCUCACACACUCACGCGCGCACGCAUGUGGCGGGCGCGCAGGUGCCGCGAGAUCCUAGACCUGCGCGUGUGGCCCAAUGAGAAGACCCGGAAGGCGUGGGACGAGAGGCUUCGCAAAUCAACGCGGGUCUCCCUUCCGUGCGUCCCCUGCCACGCCCUGCUCUCCUCCGCCCACUCGCUAGCCGCCGCAUCCCCCUCCGCACCGACUGCUGCGCCACUCCGCCAAGCGCAGCGCGCUCUCCCCCGCGGGCGGAGCGUGUGGCGCGCAGCUGCUGCACGGGGGGGCAGGCGAGGCGGAUCCAGGGGCAUCGACGCUGGUAACCGCUGCUUGGGAUGGCGCAGUGAGGGCGGGCAGUGGGAGGGUGGGUGCGCGCGGGUGAGUAGCAAUGGUGCAAAGAGGCGGGUGAUUAGCAGUGGUGCAGUGAGGGUGGGUGAGUGCGGUACCGUUCCCCUUCCUCCCCUCCCCUCCGCCCUUCUUCCCUCCCCACAAGCCAGACUUCAUUCUCCGCACCCUUCCCCUCUCGCACCCUUCCCCUCUCGCACCCUUCCCCUCUCGCACCCUUCCCCUCUCGCACCCUUCCCCUCUCGCACCCUUCCCCUCUCGCACCCUUCCCCUCUCGCACCCUUCCCCUCUCGCACCCGUCCCCUCUCGCACCCUUCCCCUCUCGCACCCUUCCCCUCUCGCACCCUUCCCCUCUCGCACCCUUCCCCUCUCGCACCCUUCCCCGCUCUCACCCCUUCUCUUUUCCCCACGCAUUUCACCCUCUUUCACGCUUCCUCUCUUUCACCCUUUCCCGCCUUCCCCCCCCUUCAGUGUCCGCCACACGUUCGGGUCUCUUCCGCUCACCUGUCUCAGGGGGAGGGGAGAGCGCCAUCAGCGCCCACGGGCUGCCGUCCCAGCGCUGUGGUAGCAAGCGGUGCGCAGCCUGGUGGAGCGGGCAGCGCAGCUCUGCUCCAUCAUGCCAAUGCUGCCCCCUCCAAUUCCCCCCCUCCCUUUCCCCCCUUCUCCCCGCACCCCCUACCUUCCCCUCUCCUCACCGGCCCCGGCAGUGGCGGUGCUUAG